UCGGCGUAUGCGAACGUGGGUAUUUUACCUAAAACGGCGGUCGGCCAUCUUGCACUCAGUCUCCAUUUAAUAUCAUACCUCAGUGGUCCACAGUGGAAAGAGAAACCAUGAUGUCACGGACAUAGGCCGCCAAUUCUGAUCAAUCCUGUACAUUACAUUGGACAUAAUAAUCGAACGUGAAGCUGGUUGCCGCCAACAUGUCGAAAGAAUGUUUUCAAACCCAGUUCGCCUUUGUUAUGGAGAGUGUAUUGAAUACUGCAGUCACCGAGACAACGAAACUUUUUGAAAAAACUAUUGAGGAACUGCGAGCCGAAAUAUCUAGAAUAAAAGAAGAGAACGAGGACCUCAAAUCGAGGCUUCGAUCCCUCGAAAAUGUGAAGAAAUCGACGGGUGAAAGUGAACGCCAAACCGCAGUGCCUGGACCGAGUCAAAGAACGUCACGUAUCGGCAAACGUGACAUCGGCGUUCAAUGCGUCCUGACAGCGCAGGCUCUGCCUCGGGCUGGGGAGCAGCACCGGCGGGAGGAGGACCAGGGGACGGAGCUGCACCAGGGGGCCUACGACGAGGAGGGCAACCCACAGACUGCCUUAGUGCUGAUCAAACAGGAGGUGGACUGGGAGGCAGACUAUUCUGAUGACUACUCCCCUGGGUACAUACUGCUGAAGAAGGAGGGGGGAGAUCUCCCGACUCUGGUCCGCAGACAACCUCUCAGAGAGUUACCAGGCAGAGCCCUGGUCCCACCUGGAGCCGUCAGGGCCCUGGUCAACCGUUGCACCCAGGAAAGGCCUCCUACCACCCAGCCUACCUCAGCAGAGGCCCCCCUCCAGGGAGAACCAGACACCCAGGAGCCCCCCCAGGCUCUCAGCCCAUCCCAGCCCAGACCCAGAGAAGGUGCCAGUGCCAGUGCAGGCCAGGCCCCUGGAGCAGAACAGCAGUCACUGGUAAUACCAGCAGCAGAGUCUCCAUCAACAUUACACCAGACAGCAUCUCCUCAAUCAGCAGCCACUAUCCAGUCUACAUCACCUGUCCUGUCUACUGUAAUGGCCCAGUCCACGGUAACUACUCUGUCAAAAGAAACUGUCCAAACGACCACGGUGGUCCAGUCGACUGUAGCGGUGAAGUCGACAGCAGCAUCGUCAGAGCGCCCGCCACCUGUCAUCUCCGGGUUACCCAGAACCCCUCUUCAGAAUACACAGCCCAGCCCCGUACCCCCUCGUCCAUCCCCAUCUCCUCGACCAGCACAGUCCCACACAGAUGUUCUACCUGUAGCUCGUCCAAUAGCAGUGCCCUCAACACAACCAGCUAGGCCUACAGCUGUACCUGAUGGACCAAUGGCCACACUACCUACACAGACACAACCGCCUACAGUUUUGGAGAAGUUGAGUGUUGCCACGGCAACUCCGCCAACGCCUGUCCAGUCCGCUCCAUCUCCUACUGAGUUGACAGAACCUGCCGGCCCUCCUGAGAAGCAGGUGUUGUUGGUCACUGAGCAUGUGCAACACUCCUCCACCGUGCCCGGCCCAAAGUCACCUUCUGUCCCAGAGACAUCUUAUGAAACCCCUCUACAGCUGUCAGCCCCUGCUGGAUCCACACCCUCUGGCUGCUGUCAGAUGUCUAAGACACAGUUUUUAGCUCAGUUGUCAGUAGUACCCCGAGUAUGUGCUCCACCGAGGCUGGAGAAAGACAAGGAGGAGGAAAAAGAGGGGCAGGAAGAUGAGGGGGAGAGGCUUUCACCCCUCCCUGCCACAUCUACGGAAGCUGUGAUGACAAGGUCUGUCGCUACGGAGACGACCCCCGCCAGCGAGAAUAAGGAGGAGAUUGUUGUCCAGGCAGACGGCAAGCAAAAGUCAAGUCGACGUGAAGCGCUCCUCUCCGGUCUCCGCCUCCGCUUAAGGCCCCGCCCCCAGGACAGCAUGCCUUCUCCAGUGGUUGCUAAGAAACCCAGAGGAGAGAGAACCACCCCUCUAGACCAUGACUACUCUAAGGUGAUGGAGAACGGAGAAGAAAAUUCCAGGGAAUCUCACGUUGACCAGGAUGUAGUAGAGGACACAGCCAACGGUGAGACGGCUGACGACAAGUCUAGUGGACAAGGAAGUAGUAACCACAUCAUCAGUGAGGAAGAGGGAGGAGCUAACACUGAUGUGACCUCUCUGACCAGACAGUCACCUAUCGUUGGAGGUGUGUCCAAAUCCAAGAAGAGAAGCAUGACCUGGGUGCAGGCUCAGAGACUAUUGGCGUUAGCCCAGGCUAAGAGGAGUAGGUCAAAGGUCACCAAGGCCUCACAGAGAGGUCUGAGGUCAGAGCUAAGAGGCUUGGUCACACAGACACAGUUUCUGCCUUCCAACCCACAGCGCCGCCGGUCAUACAGACCCAGCCCACAAGCUGCCUCCAGCCCACGCCGCACCAGCCCUCGCCAGGUUACAGGGGACAACACAAACCCUCCUCCUGCCACCGCUCCUAACCCACAGCCUCACUCCUUCAAGGUUACUUCCACCACCCCUCGUCGCGGAAGACCUCGUUCUGCGGCCGUGGCGACUUUAAAUUUGAAACGGUCUCCCUCCACCCCUCAACCUAUCCCCUUCAUUGUCACCGUCAGCCCUCGCUCUAACUUCAAAAAGUCCCCCCAGUGCCCACGGACUUUCCAGCAGGCGCGCCGAUACCGCCAAUCACAACCGAUGUGGUCACCACCGGGACCGUUACAGCUCCAACAGUCUCCCCAGGCUCCACGGAAACGUCUCGCCAAGAACCAGUGUGCAGACUGCGGUCGUGUCCUGAGCAGCGCCGCUGCUUUAGAGAGUCACGCCUCCCUCCACUCGGGGAAGCGCCCGUUCGCCUGCUCUGCCUGCGGCAAGGACUUCCCGACCUCAAGGGCCUCAACCGCCACGCCCGCGUCCACGGUGAUCAGCGGGGCCACCAGUGUCCGCAGUGCAGCUCAUAUCCGCGUUCACACUGGAGAGAAACCAUUUGCCUGCUCCCUCUGUGUGAAGCGGUUCAAGAGGCGGGUGGAGCUGAAUGUUCACCUGAUGUGGCAUAACGGGGAGAAGAGACACUGGUGCUCGUACUGUGGGAAGGGAUUUCUGGAUUACAAUAAUCUGAAGAACCACAAACUGGUCCACACCGGAGAGAAACCCUAUACCUGCUCCGAGUGUGGCAAGCGCUUCAAACAGACUGGCCACCUGAAGAAACACCUGAAGACUGUACACAAAGACCGAUAG